AUGGAUAUAAAAAUCUUGCUGGACAAUCUUCAUGAUAAACUAUCCUGUUCCGUGUGUAGAUGUACAUUCACUGAUCCAAAGCAGUUGCCUUGUUUGCACAGUUUCUGUCUUCAAUGUCUGAACGGAAUUCAACGAACGAGCGGCGUCCAUGGCAAAAUAACAUGCCCCGAUUGUACAAAACAGUUUCAAAUACCUGGAAGUGGAACUCCCAAUGAACUUCCAACCAGUUUUCGUAUCAACAGUUUGCUAGAUGUCUUGGCAAUUAAAGAGUCCAGUACAGCUAACGUGAAAUGCGGAAACUGCGACAAGCGGAGCGCCCAGACCUUAUAUUGCUUCCAGUGUUGUUCUUUCUGGUGCGAGGAAUGUAUUUCAGCACAUAACGUGAUACGCACCAAUAAAGAACACAAAACGCUGCCGCUAAAAGAUUUUCAAGAUCAAGACUUCGAGGCCGUGUUAAAGCGACCAGCAUUUUGUCAGAAAGAACUUCAUGAAAAAGAGGAGCUGAAGUUCUUUUGUAAGAACUGUGAAGUGUCAAUUUGCAACACUUGUGCAAUGACACUUCAUGAGGGUCACGGCAAAAUGCUCUUGCAAGAAGCUGCAAAUGCCCGCAAGACAAGGAUACACUCCUUGAUUAAAUCUUUAAAAGAUAACUUGCUGGAAAAACAAAACGAGGUCGAACAGUUUAACCAAAACAGCAUGGAAGUUCAAGCGCAAGUAGCCGACGUAAAAAGCCAAGUGAAGACUAUUGCAGACCAAGUGAUUGCAAUCAUCGAAGCGAAGAAACAGCAUGUUUUUGAUGCUGUCGAUAAUCAAGGCAAAAAAUCACUUGAAACACUCUCACAGAAAAAAGGCGAAGUUGAAAAUCAUGUGAAAAUAACUGAAUCAGCAAUUGAAGAAACUGAAUCUCUGUUGAAACGAAACUUUAGUACUGAAAUCCUUGAAUUUAAUGAAACAUUUGAUACAAUCCUACAGGGAAAGGGCAUCCAAGAAAACCGUGACACUGAAUGUAUUCCUCUGUUCAGUUUCACUAAAAGUGAAAAACUUUUUAACGUUUUGAACAGUGAAGGUAUAGGUAAUGUAAAAACUGUAUUUAGCGACUCUAAAGCGCAACAGUCAGGGGUGAAACGCAGGACUAGCAGUGAAGCUAUUGGUGGGAAUAAAAGGGCAAACGUUCGUGACAGUGCUGUUGUGGCUCAUUUACAAACCAGGCGUUUCAGACCUGUGCUGUCAUUUGGACAAAAAGGUGAGUCUGUUGGAAUGCUUAACAGGCCAUGGGGGGUGGCAGUAAAUGAUCGUGAUGAAAUUGCUGUGACUGAGCUCUGUAACAACAGGGUUUCAGUGUUUAGUAGUGACGGUACCCACUUAAGAUCGUUUGGAAGGGAGGGAAAGAGUAAUGACGAGUUUGAGCAACCUUCAGGGAUUGCUUUUGAUAGUCAUGGUAAUAUUUUAGUCACAGACUGUAAAAACCACAGGGUGCAAGUCUUUGAUAGAAAUGGCCAAUUUCUUCGUAAGUUUGGCAAACAUGGAACUUUUGAUCACCAGCUUAGUUUUCCUGAUGGUUUAUCAAUAAACGGCAACGGUGAUAUUAUUGUUGCUGAUAAAGGUAACAAAUUAAUCAAGAUAUUCUCUUCCAGUGGAGAGUAUUUACGUAAAUUUGGUGGAGCAAGCCUGAUCGAACCCUACCACUGUAUCCAACACGGCCAAUAUCUUAUAGCCUCAGAUGCUGGUGACGACUCCAUUAAAAUGUUUGAUCUUAAGGGAAACUUUAUCUCUAAAUUUGGAAAACAAGGGGAAGAGGAUGGGGAGUUCCAUGGGCCCUAUUAUUUAUCAGUUAACAAACAAGGAUUGCUAAUGGUCUGUGAUUCAGGAAAUCACAGAGUUCAGGUAUUUGAACUGAGUGGAAAGUUUGUUACAAAAUUUGGAAGUGAAGAAAGCAGGAGAGGAGAGUUAUAUUGUCCAGCUUCUACAGCAAGUCUUAGUGAUGGAAGGAUAGUUGUGAGUGAUGAGCAUAACCAUCGAAUCCAGAUAUUUGACCAAAUAUGA